AUGGAUUUUCCUCCGACGAAGCUCGAUUAUCACGAAGACAUGUUCAAUCUCCAAUCACACGCCAGAUUUCUCUCCUUAUUUAAGGCACAAGAUGGACGUACAUCACUAAUACUGGAGUCGACGGUGUUUCAUCCACAAGGUGGAGGCCAGCCAUCGGACACUGGCUUCAUCGUAUUCGCCGGUUCGGAUUGCAAGUUUUCCGUUCAGGAUGUUCGAUCGAAAGACGGAAUUGUUCUCCAUUACGGAGUUUUUGAAGGUUCAAAUCCUGAAAGUGGAAUGAACAUUGAGAAAGGGCAACAAGUUCACUUGCUAGUUGAUGAAUCAAGGCGCAAGCUUAAUUCCAGGUUGCACUCAGCUGGACACUUGCUAGAUUUGUGUAUCCAGAAAGUUGGGUUAGGACACUUAGAGCCUGGAAAAGGCUACCAUUUUCCGGACGGUCCUUUCGUGGAAUACAAAGGAAUCGUUCCACAGGAUGUGUUGCAGGUGAAGCAGAAAGAGUUGGAGGCAGAAGCUAACGAACUGAUAUCCAAAGGAGGAAAGGUUUAUGCUGCUAUAUUACCCUAUGAAGAUGCAUCCGUGCUCUGUGGUGGCAGUCUUCCUGAUUAUAUUCCCAAGGGAAGCACUCCCCGGAUCUUACGGUUAGGUGAAAACAUCGGGUGUCCGUGUGGUGGGACUCAUGUAUCCGAUAUAUCUGAUAUCGUAAGCAUGAAGGUCACACAGAUAAGAACAAAGAAAGGAAUGACCAAAGUUUUCUACACCAUUGCAUCUUAA